AUGACAUCAAUGGAGAGCACUAUUAGUAUGUUUCAGAAUGCUACAGAGACAACGUCACAGCAGAGUGAAACACUGCCUCCAGACCUCGUCGCUGCUGCAUCUGCUGCAGCAUCCUCUCUUCCCAAUCCUGACCAGGCUGAGUCCGAGCUCCUCCAACAACUGCGGCAGCAUGAAACAAUCACUGAAACACAAAAGAAAGGAGACGGGAAUAAUAUUGGCGUAAUAAUAGCAGAAAUGAAAAUAGGAAAGAAUCCAAAUCGAUCUAAUACUCGUCCGGCUAACCAGAUACGGUUUGAUGAUGAUGGCCGAGGUUACACGCCUGAAAGAGGUAUCACUGGAGAACUGGAUAGUGUUCGCAAAAGGAGAAACGUGUUUACGACAAAGAGGUUGAACAUAUUUACUCCUUCAGAAAAAACUGAUUUGCAAACGGCCUGGACAACUUUAUGGGAUGUGGAUUAUGCAGACCAUUUAUCUACAGUGACCAAUCAUAUGCCUCGUAAUGGUUUUGAGGAAAUGAUCCAGUGGACUCAAGAAGGGAAAUUGUGGCAGUAUCCUAUUGACAAUGACUUUGGUCUUGAAGAGGAAUCUAAUGUACCCUUUCAUGAGCAUAUCUUCCUGGAAAAAUACUUGGAAGAGGGCUUCCCACGCCAGGGGCCUGUGCGUCACUUCAUGGAGCUUGUAAUCUCUGGGUUGUCUAGAAACCCACACCUGACUGUUGAGCAGAAGAAAGCGCAUAUAUUUUGGUUUAGGGAAUAUUUUUGUCAAAAAGAAGAUGUGCUCAAGGAGGAGAAUGUUUUUCUAAAUUGA